AUGAGAUUAAAUUCAAUGGUACGCCAGUCUGAUGAUGAUUUAAGAUUGAUGACCAUAGCUUACUAUAAUGAAAAGAAUGUACGUCGGAGUUGGUAUUUCUCAUAUAAAGAUAAACAUAGACGGGUUGGUGAAUUGUUGCGCGAAAAACUUUUUUAUCGAAAACUUUUCCAGAUUAAUCGGGAUGAUAGAAAGGCACUCAAAUUUAGACUUGAUACCUUGAAAAAGGCAGAAAAAAAACGGUUAAUGCAAAAACACCUUUCUGAAUGGGACUAUAAGACACGAGAAGCAAAAGGUUUAACGAUUAAAGUUCCAAUGCCCAAUUCACCAAAUUUCUCUUCAUCUUUUUACUCAGAUUCUAGCGAUACUGGAAGUCUAACCGGGGGUAUGCGCCAAAAAUUUGAUACAAUCCAUAGACAUAGUAGAAGAACUAGUGAUAUUUUGGGCGAUAUUGGAGAGGAAUUACAUUCUAGCGACAAUGAGGAUAGUGGAAAUUCAUCAAACUCCAUAAUUAUUGAAGGUACGUCUAAUAUUGAUAUACCGCCCCUAUUUAAUGACUCGAAUUCUUCUAGUUCAGAUGAUGAGGAAAUUCGAAGUUCUUCUUCAGAUGAUGAUAUUCAUGCACGUUGUAGGCAAAUACAUAUUCAGAAUAUUAGAUUACGACGCAAAGCUGAACAAGAUUUACUAGAAUGCCGUAAUGAAAGAGGCUUAUUGGAAUUUAAUCGGGAUUGCAUUGUGAAUGAACUCGAAAUAGCUGAGGAUGAUAUCAACGAUCAGAACCGAAUAAUAAAUAUUUUAAAUCAAGAAAAUUUAUUGCUUCGGGAUAAUAUACAUAUAAAUAACCAACAUAUCGGAAUGGUAGGAUACGGACCCCCAAUUUAUAGAGGUAAUCCUGGAGAAGAUCCAGAAGAUUUUCUUAGAGAUUUUCAGAGAUACGUAGUAGCUUCUCGAAUAAAUAUUACACCAGGCGCGGGCGGUGUUGCUGGAAGAGCGGAAGCAGAUGGUUUAUUUGAAUCAUGUCUUGAAGGCCCGGCAUUGAAUUGGUAUGAAACUAAUAUCAAAGGUAAAAAUUGGAAAUGUAAUAAUCUUUCCGAUAAUUUAGGAGUAGCUACUCUAACUGCUGUUCGAACUUUGGGUGCUGGAAAUGGUGGUAAUCAGAUAGGCGGUUUAAAUACUGCCAAUCAAUUUCGUGGUAAGGCAGCCGAAGAAAUAGGUAGAAUUGGCGCAGGAAUUGCAGCCGGAAUUAAUAUUAUUCCAAAUGUUACAUGGGAUGAAGAUUGGUCAAUAGCAGGUGGAGAACCAACAAAUAAUGCGCCAGUAGCGCCAAAUGCAGGUGGAGGAUUUCCUAACAAUGUUACGAUUGCUCCCGGCAUUAAACUUGGUCAAAAAAUAUAUAGACUUAGGAAUUUUUAUACUACAGUAGAGGCGCAAAAACAAAUGGCCGUUUUUGGUCAGAUUAUGCAAGGAUCGUUACAAGUGGAAGAAUUUAGUAAUAAAAUAAAAAAGAUUGGCAAGCUCGCCGGAAUGUCUCCUCAGCAACAGAGAGAACAAUUUAUUCGUGGAUUAUCCCCUAUGAAUCAAUAUAAUAUUCGUAUGAUGGCUAAAUUUAAUGAUACAAUGGAAAAUAUUACAUCAGCAUUGGCAGAGGCGGAAAAAUAUACAUUGGCUCAAGAGCAUACUCAAUCUUCUUUUCCGGUAUUCCCGAUGUCCGAGUCUCGUGGAAAAGAUAAUUACUCAAGCAAUACAGGUAUGAGUAAGUCCGAAAUCGAAAACCUAAUAAAAUCUAUGAUUCCUUCUUCAGAACCCCAGGAAACACAAAUACGGCCCAAAGAAUCAGUUAUACAAUCGGCCUCUUCUCAAUCCCGACCACAACCUCCUGGAACGUAUAAAAAUAUACAAGAUAGAAAUAUGGAAAGUUUUUUACAAUGGAUAUAUGGAGAAAUUCCAGAAUUUAUUCCUGUUCCAGCUCCUCCUUUACCUCCAAAACCGCAAAUAAAAAAUAAUGGAAAUAGUUCGAAGAAUGCUGAAACCGACUCUGAUGAUGAAUUGGCCAAUCAUGUUCCCUUUGCAACAAAACUGGCCAUAAUUCCCGGAAUUGUACCAAAUAUAAAAAGAGAAAAUCGAAGAACAAAUCCAAAAAGAAAGUAUUCUACUACUCGGAAGGAAAAAAAUGCUAGCAAGAGAGAAAAGAAUCCAAACAACAUUAUCAAUGAUAAACGGAUCGUAGAAAUUAUGCUAGAAUUAUUAGAUGGAAUUCUGUCUGCGGAUAAAAUAGAACAAAUUAAAACCAGAUAUGGCAUUAGUAUAUCAAAUAUAAAAUCAGAUUUUGAAAAUUAUCGAGAUCCAGCUCCAAAUAGUGAUGCCUCAAUUCCAGAUCAAAUUCCUACUUUUACCAAAUCGGUUGAAAAUAGUGAGAUAUCAAACCAGUAUAGAUCUAUAGUUCAAGAAAAAUCCAAUGGGGAAACACCUGAAAAAUUA